GUUGUUUUGCCUCGUUUAGUACAUAUGGAAGCCGUUGAAAGUGACCUCGCGUGAAGCUGUGAAGUGUUAUGCAGUUAAUCCUUCGGACGGUGCAAGAAACAAACAAAAAGCCUGUAACCGUACCUUAAUUCCAAUUUGUCGCUAGUGAAACGAGUACCGAUAUUGAGACGUUUAUAGAAGGAACAAACCGAGUUACCGGGCUGGCUCGUCGUGAUAUUACUUUUUACUUAUUUAUUACGUGAAACUUUUCCUAAACAACGUAGAGUGUUCGUUCUUAUCUUCCCGUGAUAUUUGAUGCAGUGUGCGAAAAAAUAAUUAGUGAAAUAGAAUAAAAAUCCGUGUGACGAAGAGGACAAUCCCUGGUGAAUUGCAAGUGAUUUGUGUCGCGUUUGAAAACAUUCCGGCGCAACCAUGGAGUUCCGAUUCAACAUGCAUCCCCUGUUCCGGUCGCGGAUCGUCCGGAUAAACAACUCGCUGCUACCGACCGGUUUUACCGCACAGUCCCGCCGUGUUGCCCUCGAUGCCACCGCCCAGAUUUCCGAGAUCAUUAACUUUAUCGGCACGAUGUCGGCGCAGGCCCAGGGCCUUUCGGUGCCGGUGACCACGGCCCAGAAGCUGCGCAACUCCGACCACCACAUCUACCUGAUGUUCGAGCCGAACGACAAAAACGGUCUCGUCGUGGGCAUCCUGAAGGUGGGCCGCAAAUCGCUGUACGUGUUCGAUCCGUCCGGCGAGACGGUCAACGUGACGGCCCCGUGCGUGCUGGACUUUUACGUGCACGAGUCGCGCCAGCGCGGCGGGCUCGGCCGGGAGCUGUUCGAGCAUAUGCUGCGCGAGGAAAACAUACGCCCCGAGGAGCUGGCCAUCGACCGGCCGUCGGAGAAGUUGCUCGGUUUUCUGCAGAAACACUACGGGCUGUCGAAGAAGAUUCCACAGAUGAACAACUUCGUCGUGUACGAGGGAUUCUUUGCCAGCAACGGGCAAAACUCUUCCGAUAUCGAUGGCCGCCGUAUGCACAUCACCGCUAGUCCUAACACGAACCUCUUCGGGCCGACAUUCACGACGACCAACGCCGAAGAGAGGCGCCGGUCCACCUCGCAGACACGCUCCCCGGUCGCCCCGAUGCCGGUCGUCGCCCAGCCCCCCGUCGGUCGGUACGCUGCCAAGCGGCCCACUUGCAGCAUGGCCCAGAUAAUUCACAACAGCCCUACGACAGUAUCAACGGAACCGAACAGCACCGCUACUAACACUAACGCCAACGGGCACGCUAACGGCAACGGUCACGAUGCUGAUCACGAUCACCAUCAUCAUCACCAUCAGUCGCAGCAGCAGCAGCAACAGCAGCAUCAUUCCGAGCAGUACGAGACGGACUCCAUCGACGGUGGGGAUGCGGGGCACUAUCCACACCACGGCCAGUUCCACCAUCAAGCCGGCCACAACCCGGACGAGGAUGAGCCGCUGGCCGAUAAGAUGCAACGCAUGCAGUUGCACUCCGCUCGGGGUGGCAGCGCUGGCACUGGUGGUGGUGGUGUGGAAGGCCAUGCGCCUCCACUGGAGGUGAAGUUCGCCGACCAGCCGGAAACGCUGUCGUACGAGGACAUUCCCGAACCGGGCCCCGACCCAGACCCGUACGAUUUCCAUCCGCACCAUCUCGAGCUCGAGCAGCCGCCCGAGGAUGGGGUCGGCGGCAAUCGCGAGCUCUCUCUAUCGCCUCAAUCUGUCAGCCAGCAGGCAACGCCGGAGCACCCGUCGGCGGCCGGGAUCGGCGGGAUGGUGAUCGGCGGGAGCGGCCGGAAGCCGGCCCGCUACAGCAAGCAGCACACGGGGCUGAAGAACAUCUCGUUUGGUGUCGGGGCGGCCGUCAUGCCGAGCGGCAAGAUGGAGUUCGAGCAGGAGCAGAACGAGGGUUUCGGCUCGGUGAAGAUCAACCGACCGAUCGGCAAUGCUGCUGGUGGUGGGCGCCACACCGACGACAACGAGUCGGUCUACUCGCGGGACUCCAACGGCAGUGGCCAGCACGGCGGGAGUCACUUUGAUCUCAAGUUUUACCACAAUAAGCUGUGGUAAAGGGAGGAAACCCUAAAGCGAACUACAAGUUACCAAAGAGAAGAAAUGCCACGGAUAACCCUAUCAGCC